AUGCGCGAACCGUGGCACCCGUACGUCCAGAGUUCCAAGCUCUGCCGCGACCCCGACUUCCAGAAAUGGGCCAAGGACGUCAACCGGGUGGACCUCGAAACCAUCGCGACGCGCAGUACUCCGAGCGAGAACCCCCAAGAGGAAUUCAGCGCGCGAGUUGACGCCGAAUAUCAGGUCGACCAGCUCACCAUGAUGCUGCACCGCCAGAGGGAGGAUGCCGCGAUCGAGAAGCUUGAAAUGCAGAAGAAGUUGGAGGAGAAGGACGCGGAGAUCGCGAAGUUGAUGAACGCUCUCAAGCUGGCCGGGGCACGGCCGACGCCGACUGCGCCGGCACCGUCAAGGCCGAUGACCGCCGCCGAGAAGGCGGCGUCCGUCAAGAUCGAGAAGGAACAGAACGAUGACCUGACGUACGAGGUCAACGUCGUGCAUCCCUGGCGCACAUCCAAGACGGUCGAGGCUGUAUGGCGCUGGUGGAACAACCCGUCCAACUUCGACUCGCGUCCGUUGCGCGAACGUUACGACGAGCACAGAUUCCUCGUCAGACACACGCGCAUGAUCUGCAAGGUCGAAAAGGGCGACAAACCCGCCGCGUCGGCGAAGUCGGCGAAGAGCUCUCGUCCCACGACCGAGGUGGGUGAGACGGGGAAAAACGAUGCGCUGCAGCACUGCGCUCGCCGGAUGAGGCGGAUCAUGGAAGCGGUGCACGACUUGCGGCGGAGCGACGACGCCGCUGACACCGCCGCCGUCAUCAAGCUACUCGACAACCUGGGGCGAACGGGGCUUUCCACUUUCAGCGACGCGCUCUUGGUCCUCCGUGCAACCCCGCCCAUCAAGGUCCCCACCACAGCCGACGGAAAGUCGGUCGGCAUCAAGGGUCUGGACAAGCCGCUGGCGAGGAAGCUCGCCGUUGCGUGGGGCGUGGUCACGGCGGGCUACAUGGACGCUGACUGGGGAAAGAGGCUCUUCGGCGACUUGUGGGAUGAGCAGGCCAAUAAGGCCGGCUUGGAGGCCGAGGCGACGGCGGGAGCCAUCGGCGCAGGGAAGCGCAAGAGGGCGGGCUGA